GCAGCAGAGGAGGAAAGCAACAGUGAUAUUUCUCGUGAAUUUUCCUUAUUUCCAUUUAUUUACUUUCCAAUCUCUCCCUCUCUUUUACUGCUUUCUCUCGUGCCUGAACUUACUAACCCCCUCUCCUCUCCUCUCCUCUCUUCUAUAAUUCCGUUUCAUUUUAUACACAUAUAUAUUUUCUUUCACAAAAAACCCAAACCCUAACCCCCAUAUUUCUACUGUUUCAGUUCAGGGGGGACAAGGGAUCUACAUUUACUAUCACUUCUAUGCUAUUAAUUUCCUUUAUUAGAAAUGGGUUAAUGUAUUGACACGGAAGGACCAUAUUGAAAAACGUCUGUCAGCAUGGGGACUGUUUAUGGCGCUGGUGAAAUUAUUGAGCUAGAAGAAGGUUCGGAUGGUCAACCUAGUAAAUCUUAUAAGAGGUGCUAUGUAGAGGAUGAGCUUAACCAACUAUUUGAGUCUGUUAGGAUUACUGCUAAGACUCAGGGUUUGUCACAAGUUCUUAAAGAUAAACAAAAGAAAUCCAUGAAAAGACCAAUGAGUGUUGUCCCGUAUCAACCAUCAGGAAUUGGAAUUUCACAGCCCGUUAGUAUAAAGCAGGCACUGAGAGGAUUAAGUAUCUCUCAAGCGGCAGAGAUGGCAGCUAUGAAAAGGUUAUCAAAACCAACACAGGGUUCAGUGGGCUUGGAAGGUGGGCCGGUCAAAAGGUCACAAGUAGCAGCUGAUAAUGGGGUUGAUGAUGAUAUAUGUCAUCAAGAUACGGUGAAAGUUAUUUCAGAAAGAUCAUCAUUAAGUUCGACGAAGGAAUUGGUGCUGAGCAGAAACAUUAAGCUGAAACUUUCUUCUUUAUCCACUCGUUCUAGAAAGAAACUCCCUAUGUUGGACGAAGUUCAAAAACCUGCUUCAGUUGUUAGCAAACCAUCUUUAAUCACUGAAGUAAAAAGGAAAGGUAAUAACGUGGAUGAGACAUCAAGAUCGAGAGAAAAAGGCGAGUUCUCUCAGAGCUCAAAAAGCAGCAUCGGUGAAUGCAGCAGCAGUACUAGCUUUAGUUGUGACAGUGGCAUCAGUAAAAGUUGUUGCCGGCCUCACAUGUCGAAAGAUUUGAGAUGGGAGGUUGUGAAUUGUGCUCAAAAAGAACAUGGAAGCUUAAGCAUAAGAAACUUCAAGUUGGUUAAAAAGAUUGGAGGUGGAGACGUUGGAACUGUUUAUCUUGCUGAACUUAUCGGCUCAAAUUGCUUCUUUGCUAUGAAAAUACUGGAUAACGAGUUAUUGGCUCUUAGAAAAAAGGCUACACGAGCUCAAACAGAAAAAGAGAUACUGCAAUUGCUUGAUCACCCGUUUCUCCCUACGUUGUAUUCCCAGUUUACAACUGAUAAGUACUCAUGUUUGGUCAUUGAGUAUUGUCCUGGAGGUGAUUUGCAUACGAUCCGCCAAAAACAGCCCUCCAAAACGUUCUCUGAGCAAGCAUCCAGGUUUUAUGUUGCUGAAGUUCUCCUUGCUUUGGAGUACUUGCACAUGCUUGGUGUUGUAUAUCGUGACUUAAAACCAGAGAAUCUAUUGGUACGAGAAGACGGUCAUAUAAUGCUAACCGAUUUCGACUUGUGCCUAAGAUGUGAUCCUAAUCUGACUCUGCUAAAACCAUCGUCACCGUCCAUUAAUGGCAACAAAGACACAAAGUCCAGCUGCAUAGAGCCAUUCUGUUUCCAACCCUCCUGGCAAAUCCCAUGUUUCACCCCAAAAAUGUCUGCUAAUCCAAGGAUAAAAGCGGAUGCAGUUUCUCCGGUAAGCCCAUUGCCGCAACUAGUAGUGGAGCCAACUGAUGCUCGCUCCAACUCAUAUGUUGGGACCCAUGAGUACCUGGCUCCCGAGAUCAUAAAAGGUGAAGGACAUGGGAGUCCGGUGGAUUGGUGGACAACUGGGAUUCUGUUAUAUGAGCUUUUAUACGGCAGGACACCUUUUAAAGGCACGGGAGACAAUGAGACAUUGGUAAAUGUGGUAUCUCAAGGUGUCUUGUUUCCAGACAGCCCAAUGGUGAGUUUUCAUGCUAGAGACUUGAUUAAAUGUUUAUUGCAAAAGCAACCUGAAAAUAGGUUAGGUUCAGUGAAAGGAGCUGCAGAGAUCAAGCAGCAUCCGUUCUUUGAGGGCCUGAACUGGGCUUUGAUACGGUGUGCCACACCACCGGAAAUACCUCAAAUUUACGAUGCUAGGACUUAGGAGCAUGGGUGCAAAGGGUCCUGAUGAGCAUUCGGGGUUAGAUAUGUUCUAGGAAAGGUUGUUUAGGUCAACAGAAUGUUGGUCUUUUUCUUGGUAGUUAUUACAUAUGGGACGACUCUAAGUUAUAUAUGUUGUAAAACAUAUAAUAAGUAUAGUACAUUAGGAUUUUGUAUAGUGUACAUGUCUACAUGAUGUAUUACAAGAAAGUUGAGCAUAACUUAUAUAUAUAAUGUAUCGUUAUCUCAUA